AUGAGUCGAAUACUAAUAAUUUUGUUUAUUAUUUGCAAUGAAAAUUCUGUGAUAUGUUUUUCCAAAGAAGGUUUACAUAAUUCAAUGACUGAUGAAGAGCUUGGUUAUUAUUUCCAAACUAAUGACAGAUCUGCUGUACCAGAAUACGAAAUAGUAGAAUUACCUGUAGUUCUACCGACUAAAGAAGCAUUUGAUACAUCGGGCGUUACUACUGAAGAAAUUUAUUACACCUUUAGUGCUUUUGAAAGACCUGUCCAGUUAAAAUUGACAAGAAAUGAUGAUAUCUUAAGUCCAAACUUUCGGACAUAUGUACAUGAUGAAAAUGGAUUUUCUGUACUCAAUAGUACUCCUAAAAAUUGUCAUUACCUGCACAAAGAUGGUACUACUGUAGCUUCAAUUAGUAUAUGUUCACCUAAAAGUGUCCAAGGGUUGAUAUUCUUGGAAAAUUCUACUUUAGAAGUUCAGCCAUUAACAGAUAGAUUGAAAUCAUUACUACGUAUCGAGGAACCCAUCAUGGAAACAUUUUUAUCGGAAGAAAUGAAAAUUCCGCAUCUCGUGAAACGGGCAACUUUUUUACCAGGCUAUUUAUAUAAUGAAGCCGAAUUGUUUCCAAUAGAGCGAUAUAAUUUUAGAGAGCGGUAUGAAGCUGCAACUUCGAAAGGUCAAAUUCUUACUUUAGAACUGGCUAUGUUCUUCGAUGAAGCUGCCUAUAAAAUUUUUUCGCCAUUCUUCAAAUAUAACGAUAAGAAAUUACAAGACAUGCUACUAGCCUAUAUAAAUGGGGUACAAGCUUUGUACCAUCACCCUAGUUUAGGGACAUCGUUAGAAUUAGCUUUAGUGAGACUUGAUAUUAUGAAAAGUCAACCGUCAAAUAUGCAGCACUAUGACGGCGAAAGAGACAAACUAUUGGACAGUUUUUGUGCUUAUCAAGAAAAAUUGAAUCCUCGAGGUGAUGGUAAUCCAGAACAUUGGGAUAUGGGAAUAUAUGUUUCAGGGUUAGAUUUCUUUGCAUACGAUAAGGGUAAAAAAAGUGGUGUAACUAUGGGUUUAGCUACAGUGGGCGGUGUAUGUUUGGAUAAAUAUGCUUGCGUGAUUGCAGAAUUUGGUACGACAAAUGUAUUUGGAAAACCGUAUCCCAGCGCAGGUUUCACAAGUGUUUAUAUUUUAGCUCAUGAAAUCGGACACAAUUUGGGUAUGCAUCAUGAUAGUAUUGGAAAUAAUUGUCCAAAAGAGGGGUACAUAAUGUCUCCAUCUAGAGGUACAAAUGGUGAAACUCAAUGGUCGACUUGUAGUGCAUCUGUGAUGGCAAAACUAGGAUGGGCACAAUGUUUAGAGGAUUCUCCGAAAACGAAUAAAAAUUAUGACCACAACAAAUUCUUGGGUAUACCAGGUCAAAAAUAUACCGCAAAGCAACAGUGCGAAAUAUUGUUGAGAGACAAAGAUGCCACGAUUUUGUCAAGUCAAGAUCAAUCAACAAUUUGUUACAAUUUACACUGUAAAACUCCCCACAAAAGUGGGCAUUAUUUUGCAGGACCAGCUCUUGAAGGAACCCAAUGCGGAAACGGAAAGUACUGUUUUGGAGGUAACUGUAUUAAAAAAGCUUUACCCAAACCAAUUAAAGUAGUACCAGGAGGAUGGAGCAGUUGGAAACAAGGUGUUUGUAAUUCGGGUUGCAUAAUAAAUUCAAUGGGUCAUACUUCUAAAAGAAGACUUUGUAAUAAUCCGAUUCCUGUCAAUACCGAUCAAGGAUGUGAAGGAUCUGGUAUAGAGUUUGGUCUGUGUAAUGACAAUAAGGUGUGCAAUGAGAAAAUAUCUGCAGUUGAUUAUGCUUCUAAAAAAUGCCGCGAGUUUUCAAGAGUAUUGCCUGAGCUAGAUUCCAAAGGAUUUGGUCUCCAAUCUCCACACGAAGAAGAUCGACUUUGGAUGGGGUGCGCUAUUUUUUGCAAGAGAGCCGAUUCCCCAACAUAUUACACCCCAAGAAUAGAAUUAAAUGAUCUUGGCAUCUCGCCAUAUUUUCCGGAUGGAACUUGGUGCAACAAGAGAAAUAACUUAAAUUAUUAUUGUUUACAGCAUCAUUGUUUACCAGAGAAUUUCAAGUUAUCUAGAAGCAACGGUCUUAUAGAUGAUCUAUCAUUUUUACAAAAUGCUCGUCCACAUCAAGACAUUCCUCAGCAUAUAAAAGACUACUUAUCAGUUGAUUCUUUUGGCAGACCUAUAAAAAAGACUUUAUCUGAAAAUGAUGACAUACCUCGAGAAGAAGAAUGGGAAAUUCAUGACUACAUAGAAAUUCCAGAAUUGAAAGGAAAGCAAGGGAUUCCAGAUGAGACCUCCAGUCGUAUCUUUCGCUGAUAUUUAUUGCUCCUAAUUUUUGCAAUAACGAUGACAGAAUUAUAAUUAUCAAUGUAAAUAAAAGUCACUAUCAGAUAAAAUUUUUCAGCUUAGUACAGUCUGGCUGGAACCGCGAAAGAAACGAAAACAAAAUACUGUUAAAAUCCAAUUUGAUUAUUCUCGAUUUUUUAGUUGAAUUUGGAAGAUUACAAUAUAAAAAUUAUUAAAUAA